UUAUGUGUCAAAUUCGAACUAAAUCGAUGACGUGUUUGUCGGGGUCCUUCUGGACUUCCUGGUGUGCGUAAACAGAUGACAAGUUGAGUCGCCUCGCUUGAAAAAUGUCUAAAGUAACGUUUAAAAUUACGCUAACGUCGGACCCACGGCUCCCUUUCAAAGUAUUAAGUGUUCCAGAGAGCACGCCGUUCACAGCAGUUUUGAAGUUCGCCGCCGAGGAGUUCAAAGUCCCAUCAGCCACCAGCGCCAUCAUCACCAAUGAUGGAAUAGGAAUCAACCCUGCGCAAACAGCAGGCAAUGUGUUCCUGAAGCACGGCUCGGAGCUGCGUAUCAUCCCCAGAGACCGAGUGGGAGGACGAGGAGACAGACGCCACUCGUCUCCUUGGCGGAGACCGUGACCAGACCUCUCCUCCUGCCCUAUUUAUGUACUGCUCUCCCAUGUGUGUGUUUGUGUGUACAUCUACACUCAUAAUGGCACGCCGCAUGCUGCCCGCUGGGCGUUCCUCAGUAAGUGUAUGUCAACAUCUUCAUUCUUAAUCUUCAUGAAUGACAAUAAAACGCCACUCACAUAACGCGCGACAACUUAUUGGACCAUAUUUGGUAACUCAUUGCACAUUCCGGCCGCAAGAACGUUAACCCAGAACUUUGGUGUGUUGUCAAAACUUAGUUCCAGGGUAAUUUACCAGGGCCUAAAGAAGGCCCUGCAAGGGUGGGAUAAUACGUUUGAUCGGUUCAGGAACCAGUGGUGUUACUAAUGAAAAUUAAAAACAAACAUUUAACCACA